AUGGUCGCAAUUUACAAAGCCCAAAUCUUUCAAAUCAUCUUCCUCCCAGCCCACCCCCACCCACAAUCCAAUCUUUGCUUUUGGACUUUUUGGUUUCCCCUGAGCAAUUUUCUUCUUCUUCUCCGAUUCCAUGGGAUUUCAGCUCUCUCCGACGUAUCCGGCCGGUAAAUGGCUGGGCUUUGUGGCGGCAGUCUGGGUCCAAGCCAUCUCCGGCAACAACUACACCUUCUCAAACUACUCUGACGCCAUUAAAUCACUUAUGGGCCUCACUCAACUCCAACUCAACAACCUCUCCGUGGCAAAAGACGUCGGAAAAGCCUUCGGCCUCCUUGCUGGUCUCGCAUCUGACCGCUUAUCCACUCCGGUCUUACUCCUCAUCGGCUGUGUCGAAGGAUUCAUCGGCUACGGCGUUCAGUGGCUAGUCGUCAGCCAGAGAAUCCAACCUCUUCCUUACUGGGCUAUGUGUAUAUUCUUGUGUAUGGGAGGGAACAGUACGACAUGGAUGAACACGGCGGUUCUGGUUACAUGCAUUCGGAAUUUCAGGAAAAACAGAGGACCCGUUUCUGGGAUUCUUAAAGGGUAUGUGGGUUUAAGCACCGCCAUAUUCACCGAUCUCUGCUCGGCUUUGUUUGCGAACGACCCUUCGAAAUUUCUUCUAAUGCUCGCAAUCAUCCCCUUUGUUGUUUGCCUCGCCGCCAUUCUCUUCCUCCGUGAAAUCCCUCCGUCGUCCACCGCCGUCGAAGAGAAAGAAGAAAUUAAGUACUUUGGAGUAAUCAACGUCAUCGCUGUCAUUAUCGCAGUUUAUCUUCUUGCAUUUGAUGUCACCGGCAGUCAUGGUCACGUUCUCUCGCAAAUAUUCGCCGCCAUACUUCUCAUUCUUUUGGCUUCGCCUGUGUUCAUUCCCAUAUACCUUAUGGUACAGAAUUCGAUUCGAUCCAACCCCAAAAAUUCCGAUAUUGAAGGUAAUACAACCGAACCAUUACUGGGUCAAGAAGCCUUGUCAGAGCAAGUUACAGUGGUGGCGGAGGAGGUGGUGGUGGUGGAAGUGGGCAAGAGACGGCCGGUGAUCGGAGAGGAUCACACCAUUGAUGAGGCGUUGAGGAGCUUAGACUUCUGGGUAUUGUUUGUGUCGUUUCUUUGUGGAGUUGGGACUGGUUUGGCGGUGAUGAAUAACCUUGGACAGAUGGGGUUGGCGCUUGGAUACACAGAUGUUUCCAUAUUUGUGUCACUCACAAGCAUUUGGGGAUUUUUUGGGCGUAUACUUUCUGGGUCUGUUUCGGAGUACUUCAUCAAGAAAUCAGGGACCCCAAGGCCUCUUUGGAAUGCAGCUUCUCAGAUUCUUAUGGCUGUUGGAUACAUCUUGAUGGCCAUGGCUUUGCCUGGUUCACUCUACAUUGGCUCAAUAGUUGUCGGCAUAUGCUAUGGAGUCCGUCUUGCUGUCACAGUUCCUACUGCCUCUGAACUAUUUGGACUCAAAUAUUAUGGUCUCAUCUACAACAUUUUAAUCCUCAACCUUCCACUCGGCUCUUUCCUCUUCUCUGGCAUGCUUGCUGGUUUCUUAUAUGAUGCAGAAGCUACAAGCACAGCUGGAGGCGGCAACACAUGUAUAGGUGCCCAUUGUUACAGGCUUGUUUUUAUCGUCAUGACCAUUGCAUGCAUUAUUGGAUUUGGUCUAGAUGUUUUACUGGCUGUUAGAACGAAAAACGUUUAUUCGAAGAUUUAUACAAGCUGGAAGUCAAAGAAGUCAAUGGCAGUAACUGAUCGCCACUCAUAAUCCCAGCCCAAUUGGAGGAAAAACGUGUGCAAGGAUGGAGGAGUUUUUUUCCCAGUGACAUCCCAUCCUGGAUUAGCCGAGAAUUAGCUGUCCACUUUAUUCCACAAGAAGUAUCUCAUUGCCUAUUUCUCUGCAUUUGUGGAUGUACUGAUUUGUAAUUCUCUUUUCAAUGUUGUAGCAUCUUUAAGGGUAAAUGACUGAAUCAUAUUUGGUUAUAAUAUGGUGGUAGAGUGUUUUUGAUGCGCAUAUUAGUUGAAUUUUUACUACCAAAAUUGUGUGCUCAGACAAGCCAAUUCAAGUGGCUGAGGCAGCGACGAAGAUGAACUGAUA